GGAUUCAAAACAAUCAAUCAGCCAUGUUCUACAGCUACGACAUCCUUCAUCCCAGGAAGGGGAAGUUCGCCAUUGUGUGGCUGGCCGCCACUGGACACCUGAGUUCCGAGAAACGACGCGAUAAAGACUUCAGGAGCAUCAUGGCUGUGAAGGUUUCGCGUACUUGUGAGGAUAUCAUCAAGCAUUUAGAUUCCACUGGGAGCGGAGGGAGGCAGAAAUUUUCCUUGUAUCUGUCAAGUAUGCUGACGUACGGGACGGUGAAGAUCUAUCAUCGACAAGUGCGCUUUCUUCUAGAGGAGACUAUGAACAUCUACAAAAGUCUACAGCGACAGUGUUCCCUCAUGUUAGAAUUGGAUGUGACAGUUCCUGGGCCUUCGAGGGUGACCCUUCAAACCCCAGAGUUUGUGGAAGGUCUCCAUUUUACUGACUUUGAUGAUUUUUCGCUGAUGCCUCCUCCUUCAAGUACAUUAUCUCGGCAAACUCCCAGAAAACAUGCCUUGGUAACACCCUCAAAGAAACAAGGCCGAGCUUCUGCCACACCCUCGCCGUCGAUGAGGGAAGAGCAGGUGGAAACAAUGAGGGAAGAGCAGGCGGAAACAUUGAGGGAAGAGCAGGCAGAAGAUACCGAGAACAUAUCACUUCUGCUGCGUGACUGGGAGGAAACGCCCACACGAGCACGAGUUGAAGACAUCACGCUGAGAGAGCAAAUCCUCCUACCCGUGUCUAUUGAUCCCCACAGGAAUCUGGAAUGGGCAGAGAAGGUGUUGGGUCCCCUUGAUUUUGGACCUCCUUUCUGUGAGCUAGAGGGACCGCUUGCCAUUAUGCCAGUUCAGCCGGAUGUUGAUACGGUCAAGAGGAGACUGGACCUUGAAGGCAGAGAUGAUCAGCGGGAAAGGAUCGAUGGAGAUCGUAGACUCCAGCAAGAACAGACUUUGCCUCUAGAGGAGGAGGUUGGCAGGAUGGCUCUCCCAUCAGCAGAAGUCCGUCCAAUUGAACCUCGCCCUGAAAAAGAACCUGUUGCUGAGGACCAGAGUCUUAGAGAGCUUCUUGCAGAGCCUCUCUUGCCAGCGCAAGAGCAUCUACCUCCUGCAGAGCUAGAGAAGCUACCUCCUGCAGAGCAAGAGCAGUUACCUCCUGCAGAGCGCAUUUCUGAGCUGCCUGUUGCAGAGCAGCAACCCAUACAGCAAGUUGCUGAAGCCUCUGUUACAGAGCCUAUUCCAGAACAGCAGCCUUCGUUUAUAGAACCUGCUCCAGUACCACCACAAGAAACAAGAGCGGAUAUUUCUAGGGAUAUGGAAACACCCCGUAUGGAGCCAACCAAAAGGAAGCCAAAGAGGCCUGAGAAAGCUCCUCCAAGUGGUCCAGAUGUAACUCCAGUUGUGCAGCCUCAGCCAGAAAGAAUUGAUGCAAAUGCAUCUCAGAUCAGGCUGUCUCCUGUUGGACAAAUGCCCCGCCAGCCUGUUCCCAAACUCCGGCGACGAGAGCGGAGGCUAAUUAUCGACAGGACGAUCAGCCUGCCCAGGACAGAGCUCCGAGAACAGUGUCAAAACCCACGCAUAGCUCUGAGAUGUGAUGCACCCAGUGAUGACAUGAUAGAUGUUAGAAGUUCUCUAUUGGUCGACAGCAAGAAGUUGCUCUCAUCCCUAACUCACCGCAAGAUCAUGGCAGAACCUUUGAAGAAGCUCAUCACGCGUCACUAUCGUACUGCUGAAUCCCCCACUGACAUCAGUCUGAGAGGAUAUUUCGAAGUCAGCCCAGAUGCAAGGCGGCAUUUAGAGAUGUCGAGUGUUCGUCUUGCUCCCGGAGAGCGUAGCAAUCUUGCAGAAACAUCAAUCUCGGCGCUAGAAUCUUCAAAAGACUCAAUGCGUAAAAGCAGUUUCCUUCAAGUCAGCACUGGACAACUUGAGGCUAGUGUCCUACCUCUGGUACCAGAGCUUAUUCCUAUUCAAGAGGAGCAGGUAGCUGGGCAUCCACUAGAAGUUACUGAGCCAUUUUUGAUUAAUGGGGCUCCCAUCGAGCCACCUCCAGUCCAAGGCUCGGAAAUGCCGUCUGGUGUACAUAAACCAGCGCAAGAAGAACAUGUCCACAAACAACCUAAGAGAACUAGGGAACUUGAUGAAAGUAUCACUGUAGCUCCUGAGUCUGCCCCUGUUCCUCGCGAGACCACUUUUGGAUUGUUCGAGUCUCCGCCACCUCCCCACCACAGAGGACCCCCGCCUUCACCCAUGGAGGGACUCCAACAAGUAACUGUCGAAGUAGACAUUCAUCAUCCACAGAGUGUGGAAAGACUCACUCAAUUACCUCCUGUCGAACUGACCCCAGAGAGACAAGUCAGGCCAAGGACGAAGAGAAUGCCAAAUGGAACCAGUGAAAUUCCUUCUGUCCAACCAAAUGGAACCAGUGAAAUUCCUUCUGUCCAAGAAAAGGGUGGCAGCGCAGAAGAUCAUUUGACAGCAUCCCAGCCGAAGAGGAGACACCUCACCAGCUCCAUCCGGUCCAUGUUGGAUGAAGGAGGUUCUGAUGAGAAAUUUGUGUUUGAAGAUUUCCUCCCCCAGGAUCCAACAAGGAAAGAUGCUGCUAGCACUUUUGCAGCACUGCUUGAGAUGCACAAGAGGAGAGUUGUUGACCUUUCACAAGAGGAGAACUAUGAUACAAUCUAUGUGAAGAAGCUGUAGUCUUGAAGAUUUGAAGACCACCAUCACCACCACUUGCAAAAUGCAGGUGUAGAAGAUCAGUUUAACUGCCAGCUGAAACAAUAUCUUGACAGUACUUCUCAUGUCUCAAGUGGAUUACUGUGGGUUUGAAUUAAUUAUUUUUCUUUAAAGGAUGUGGCCAGGUUUUGUAGUUUUGAAACUAGGAAAGUACCUUGUUACAAACAUUUUUCUUUUGAGGAUUUUCUUAUUAAUGAUGACAGUUUUAGUU